AUGGCUCGCCGAACUUACACUCUCACCGAGCUCUUGGGUCUUCGCACCAAUAGGGUCCCAAAUGAGGUCCUGGCCAUGGCUAACGACCCUGAAAUCGGUACAGUUACCCGCACCCACUGCUUCUCCUUCCUGGAAAUAUGUCUGACAUGUGAAUCGUCUUCGGCCAGCUGCAGACCUCCGACCAGCAGACACAAGGAUGACUCGUCUGUAACCUCAGACGAGCUUGUAUUCAAGGGAACCGUGAGCCGCCGUAUGGGUCGCGACUUCGCCCGUGAAGCUUCACAAAAUUCUAUUCGCGGUUUGUCUCGGGAGAUCCCUCGCGGCGCUGUUCAAGCCGUGGGCCCUGAGUCUGCUCAAAACCCUCCACACCCAAUGGAGUGGAAGUACCGAGGCCGGAGCGAUACAGAGGCUACAACUGCAGAGCCUAUUCCUGCACCUACAGGUGUCUCGGCUCAGCGAGACGAAGGUUUCCAGCGCUUCUACAAGGCUGUCGUGUCUCCUACGCAUGUCCGUGUCACUGCUGGCGGCCGAAUCGUGCCAAAUACCCGCGGCCCGCCGUCGCCCACAACCAAGCGAGCGAACGACAACAGUAUCAUGGACAGCCAUGGCUUGUCUGACAAGGCAGCAAUCAGCCAGCCACCAACAGCCCCUGUUAGUCUUAGCCAAGCAGUCCCGAUUGUCUCCCCACUUGUCACCGGAUAUCCGUCUGGCUUCCAACCUCUUCAAACUCCAGUCUCGUUUGUGCCCAUGACUUUGGGAGCGCAUCUGCACCCAGGCUUUCCCUUCCCUCAAGGUGCUGUGAGCCCUGCGUCCAUGGCACCAUUCAUCCCUGCCAGCGCUCUGAAAGAUCUGCACAGCACAAAGGCGACGGAGGACGACAAGCAGAGCAAGACCAAGACAUCACUUUCCGAGCCAUUCUACUACAACGGUCAGCUCAUAUGUCCCGUUGGAACGUUCCCUGGCCCCUUGGGCAGCCCGGUGGUCCCCGUCCACAUGGUUGGCAUUCCCCAAGGUGUUGCACCGCAGCUUCCUGGCAACUACAUGCAACCACAGUCCACUCAGGCCAGUUCGGCCGCCACGGGGUCGUCUUACGUGACCUCCAACCAGAGCCUCUCAGGCCUUCCAUCUGUUGUUAACCACAUUGUCCCAGCUAAUGCCAACUUCAGUGGAAACACAGCUCCGCCGAUCUCGUCAAUUAGACCCAGCGACAUUACAAAGAAGCAGAUUGGUUCGUUCAAACAGAAUCUCAAGUACCACGAGGAUCAGCUGCAGUACAAUCGUCACCAGAUUGAUGAGAAGGAUAUGGAGCAGAGGAUCCAAAUCAUCAAGGGCCACAUCCAAAGGUUUGAGCAGACAUUGAAGACCCAACUUGAAUACGAGGAAGCGCAUUUCAAGGCCACCCAGGGAAAGAACAACGGAGUACCCGCCCAAGCCGGCAUGGCCGUCGAGGAGAACAAAGCUCAGCCUCAGCCGCCUACCUUGACUGUGCCACUUGGUUACGGGGCUCCGGGCAUCAAGAAGGAACCAGAUGAAGCAAUCAACCAGGGGGUUGCGCUGGCCACUCAUGGUACUACUAUCAAUGUCGACCAAAGCGGAAAACCCUUGCAUAAGAGUCACGUCGAGCUGGCCUCCACGGGAAUCAGCAGCAAACCAAACGCUGCAGGUCUCCCCAACGAGGCCGCAACGGCUCCUAUUUUCCAGCCUUCUGGCUAUGCCUCGACCUGGAUAGGCAGUAAAUAUGCUAGGGAAAUGAAGGCAUGCGAAGAAGCAGACAAGAGGAUCCACGCGCUAGGAGUCGAGAACACUGAAAGCCUCUGUGAGGGCGAACAGCGCUCUGUGUCCCAACCAUUCUCUGCCUCUAUGGCCGCGGCAGCUCACUCCGAGAGCAGCCUCCAUGGCUCUGACGAACGGGGACGAUCCGGCAGCAACAGUACCAAACCUCAAUCUGGCUAUGGCGUGCCGUACUUGCUCGGGACGCUUCCCAAGGGUGUCAAUCCUCGUACUGCCCGAGAUCAGGAUUACGUGUACAAACGCCCGUUGACUGAAGAGGAGCGCCGUGCCCGCUUUUUGUACUGGGGCAAGGCACCCAAGUCUGCCGUUCGGGGCCUGCCCAAGUACGACGGGAAGCACUUCUAUCCGCCCUCGCCCAUCAAGGAGCCUUCUGCUGAGCAAGCUCAGGACUCUAGCUGCCGCACAACCGACUCUGACGGGGACCCUUUCCGUCCCAUGACCCCGGUUCAGCGGGUCAAUAUCAAAGGAGUGUCGGUCAGCGAGGACAACUGCGUCUCGGCAAGACUUACAAGGACAAUCUCGUUUGAGACUCAGGUCAACGGCGGCUCUGAAGACUUUACCGGUGGGGCGCCUCUUAAGUGCGAAAACAGCCUGGAUGCCGCCUCUGUUGGGCAAUCUGACCGACGCUGGGACAAUACAAGCGCCAAGCUUUGGCAGGCGGUGCUGAGGAAGGGGGCUACCAGCAGCGCGCUGUCGUCAACUACGGCCCAAGGCUUUUUGCCGCACUACACUGGCAACGCUGCAGCAUCCUUGACUCCCUCGCUGAGCACCAAUCAGAUAUCGUCAACUAGAGAUAUCUCCUCAGGGAAAUUGUCCGACGUCCAAGAUCUGAGCGAGAACAGUGGACCCGCACCCUCGAACGUUCCAGAGAAGCGCAGAGAGAAUUGCCCUCCGAGCGGCGUGAGCUCCCUGGAGGAUCAGUUCAAGCACCUUGCUGUCGAUGACGCUACUCGGCGCGAGAUGGCUCCCGCCUUUAGCAUGUGA